UUUCAGGAAAAUGUAAACAGUAAAAAAAAAAAAAAAGGAAAAAAAAAAUACAGCAGCAAAAAUCAUCAAUAAGGGAACAGAAAUUAAAUUCAAGUUUCAUCAAAAGGAUGCAUACAAAAAUAGCAAACCAUUAUUUUGCAGAAAUAGAAAUUGCAUAUCGACUUUUGACUGAAACCUUAUAGUUGGCGAGAUACAACCACAGCCCUCGUGUCAACUAGCCCCGGUCUACACUAUACGUGCUGUGUGAACUUCGAAUAGACGCACGGCGCUGUCGUCUCGCCGGUGACUGUGAUUGGACAGCACCUGCUCACCUCCUUCAUCCAAACUGACAUGAGUUGGAGGAAAUAUAGGCAGCAUCCAUCCCCCCGAUCCUCACUAGGCGUCUGCGCUACUCCCUCUGCCUCGUGUGUUUCAUUCUCUAUGGUAAUGCUACAGUGAUCCGAAGACAUUGACAGUUUUACACAGCGUUAUCAUCAUCACGAGACAUGCGUGUGCUACUGACUAUAGUAGUGUUUAUAUUGUUUUUGGCGGUGAGGCAAACACACGCGACUGAUUCCAGCAGCGCUCAUGACACCUCACAAGAGAGAUCCCUGAACAUCCAGAAGAGGAGACUCUCUCUGCAGAACACAGCCGAGAUUCAGCAGUGUCUGGUGAACGCAGGUGAUGUGGGCUGCGGGAUGUUUGAGUGCUUUAACAACAACUCCUGCGAGAUCCGCGGACUACAUGACAUCUGCAUGACGUUCCUCCACAACGCUGGCAAAUUUGACUCCCAGGGAAAAUCUUUCAUCAAAGAUGCGCUGAAAUGCAUGGCCCAUGGACUUCGCCACAAGCUCAGUUGCGUCAGCCGCAAGUGUCUGGCCGUGAAAGAGAUGGUGUUCCAGCUGCAGCGCGAAUGUUACGUCAAACACAACCUCUGCUCUGCUGUGAGGGAGAACAUAAACGUCAUGGUGGAGAUGAUCCACUUCAAGGACCUAUUUCCUAAAGGGCCCCAUGUGGAGUUAGUAAACAUCCUGUUGGGAUGUGGCGAGGAGGUGCGCGUUGCCAUCGCCCGCCGAAUACGAACUCAGUGUGAGCAGAACUGGGGAGCUCUGUGCAGGAGUCUGUCUCUCUGUGCCCUCGGAAAGGUGGAGAACCAGGCCAUUUCCACCCUCACCCCUGUACCAGACAUCACCACCCCCUCAGGAGCCAGCGGCAACUCCCUUCCUCCCGCAAGCCCGAUUCUCCCUGAGGCUGAUGGGGAAACGGUCUGGACACUCACAGCAAGAGAUGAAGAUGAAAAUCAGUCCUCAGGUCCUCACCACCAUGCCUCUGAUGCCGAAAAAGAGCUGAAGAGGUCUCUGAAUGCCACCAAAAGGAGGUGAAGGGUAAAAGAUUCUCAGUGCCUUCAGCCCACACAUCCAAAAAGGCUCGUUCAGCACUCUCCUUCCCUGCCUCGCUCAAGGACAAAUCAGCUGCAGUCUCCAGUGCUUCUAUGAGAGCACGAGCGAUGACAGGGUAUUUCAAUGUGAUGUUACAUUUAGAGCUGCCAUCGUCAUUGUGUUUGAUUUGUAGGUCAUUCUGUGAGAACGUGGACUGGUACAAUAUUCGAUAGUCUCAAAAAUUGCACAAUAUUUCAGUGGCGUUUCAUGCAUUUGUAGAUUGUGGACUAAGUGCAUUCCUCAGACUGCAGACUCUUCAGAACGCUUAGAGGGAGUCUGUCAGGCUGCAAUUCUGUGAACAGCAUUAUUACAAAAACUGGGCCUUGUGUUUUGUGAUGACAUCAUUCCAUCUGCUCAGUAUUUGUCUGCUUUGAAGCGAGGCCAUUUAGGUGAACAUCACGAAAACACGUCUGGGUCACAUCUCACCCCAAAAGAAAAAAAAAGAAAUAUAUAUUA